GUUUCUAUGUAUUGUGGUGUAGGUGUUCGUUCCGCGUGCGUGUGACAGUACUACGGUGUCGCAAACGAAAACGUCUGCGAUGCAGUGGUGAAUAAAAUAAUUUCACUCUUUUUUAACAAGUUGUCAGAGGGAAAAAUCAUCAACAAAAGGAAAUAAAGUGUUAAGCGACGGGACGCUUGUCCAUUAAAAACAAAAUGUCGUGGCUAACGGGAACAGUGAUUUUGUUGUGUCUGACUUUUGGCCUCUCACACGCGAUUCUCGAAGAACCUACACCGACCACCAUCAAGGAUCAUGGAGUGCCCCGGUUAGAUUUAGAGAGUCUUGAAAGCGGAUAUCAUGGAUUGGUGAAAGAAAAUGAAUCUCUGGUCGAGGUGACACCGCAGAUUCGCGCUUUGGGAGCCAAGAUUUGCUCUUUUCAUAUCGCCAACAAACACCAUGGCGAAGCGCCUUUUGAAAUUUUACUGAAAGAAAAUGGUGUGGCAAAGCUUAAGGCUCUACGAGUUUUGAACUGCGAGAAAAGACGUAACUACAAAUUCGAUAUUGCCGCUGUCGCUUGUAAUGGAGCCCUAUCAGAAAGCGCUGCAGUGCAUAUAACAGUUGUCGACGUGAACGAGUAUGCACCGCAAUUUUUACAACCUGCAUACGUGAAUACAGUGGAUGAGGGACGUCUUUAUGAGGAAGUUGUUCGCGUCGAGGCGACCGAUCGUGAUUGCACGCCAAAAUACGGCGAUGUAUGCAAAUACGAAAUUCUCACUGACGAUCAGCCGUUUACAAUUGAUAAUGAGGGAGCAAUCAGGAAUACCGAGCCUUUGGAUUACGAGCGCUCGCAUAAUUACAUAUUGAGUGUGGUCGCUUAUGAUUGUGGAAUGAAACAAUCGGCACCGGCAAUGGUUACAGUCAAAGUUAAUCGUGUUUGCUCGCCCGGCUGGCGAGGAGUUCCUGAAAGAGUUGAUUAUGCUGCCGGAGUUGGUUCACAGCCAUUGCUUCCAUCGGCGAGAUUGGAACUUUGCGAUGCACCCUGCACGCUGAGGAGUCUUCGAACAACAUUGAGUCUGGCGACGGAUCAUAUUGGAAAGGGUUGCGAUCGUGACACUUACAGUGUUCAGAGUCAACGGAAAUUGUGUGGAGCCUCGCGAGAUAGUGUCGAUCUUUUACCAACACCGGGACCGUCAACAUCCUGGACGUCGCUAUUGUCAAGGGACGAGGGACGUGAGGCUGAUGAGAUUUUCGAAUUUGACGGUGCCAAUUCCGCAGCUAUUGUGCCGAAUGAUGUUUUGGAGCAUGCACUUGCGCAGAAAUUCACGAUUGGUGUUUGGAUGAAGCAUCGACCUAGGCCCAGACAAGAUCCGCAUGUUAAGGAACAUAUUCUGUGUGCUGCUGACGAUCACAAAAUGAAUCGACAUCACUAUGCGCUAUUCAUUCGCAAUUGCCGAUUGAUUCUUCUGCUCCGUCGGGACUUCUCUGAAGGCGAUCCAAAUAUAUUCCGUCCUGCUGAAUGGCGCUGGAAAUUGGCUCAGGUAUGUGACGAUAAGUGGCAUCAUUUAGCGAUUCAGGUUGAUUUUCCGAAAGUCACACUCUUCGUGGACGGUGAAGAGUGGCACACGGACGAGAAGAAUCCGGAAAUUAUUGACGAUUGGCCAUUGCAUCCGGCCAAGGGGAUUAAUACAACGUUGGUGGUUGGCGCUUGCUGGCAGGGCUCUGACAAUAAAACGAAACAUCAUUUCCGUGGUUAUUUGGCUGGUCUCUCGGUAUUGGUGGGCAGAAAUGAAAAAUCCGAGGUUCUCUCUUGUCUGCGACAUUGUCAGGAGGGCAUUCACGUGCCACCGGUCGAUCUCCUGCAACCCGGUAUCGAACUCUUGACGAAUUCCGACAUGACCGAGGUUCGUAUCAAUGGGGAUAAUCGCACUAAUGUCGAGACGCUGCUCCGUCGCAUUGGCUACUCGAAUACGAGAAGAUUCCCAACGCCAGGUCGUCGUAAUUUCCGCCUUGACACGAUAAUCAAGUGCGAGGGCAGUCAGUCGAGACCGCUGGUGAUUCCGUCGAUCCAGUCGUACGUGACGGUCCUUCCGCCGCCACGUCCUGGCAUCACUGUCAAUGGCACGGGCUACGUUGCUCGGGAGUACACUGACUUCCGCCAGGGAGUUCGCGUCUUUCCCGACGCGAAAGUAACGGCCGGCUCGGCGGCGAGAUUGGACGCCUGUGCCGUCAGUGUGUACCCGAGUCUGAAUCCGGAUCACGAGACUCUCGACUUGCCCGGCGACGCCUUGAGGAGAUUCCACAACAUCGCGGCUCGCAUCGAUCGCGAUGGUGUCGUACUCUCCGGCGCUGACUCGCCGAGAAACUAUCAGCAGCUGAUUCGCUUGAUUGUCUACACGAAUCGUAAGCCCGCUUACUAUUUGGACAGAGUUUUCAAACUCACCUGCUCCGAAUUGAGCGACAGAUUCGCCAGCAAUGAGUACAUCCAGACAUUGGCGGUGAUUCAUCCGAAGGAGAAGACAACUCUGGUGCCACACUCGACUUCGGGCGAGCCGCCAAUGGCGAAAAUUGUCGAACCCGCUCCGGGACAUGCGCAACUCUCGCGGCAUCACGCCGACAUUUCGGACGAGUACUCAACGUCAACGUUGCACGAGGGCCGGGCAAUUGUCGGAUCCAGUGGAAGUCAUGCGGUGACAAUUGUCGCCGCCGCUUGCAUUGGAUUUUUAUUGCUGAUGGGCGUCGUGGGUGCGGCGAGAGUGAGAGGCGCGUCCAAGCGACGACGCACCGCGGGCGAUGAACUCACUGCUGAGACGGAAAUGGCCUGGGACGAUUCGGGUCUCGCCAUCACUGUCAAUCCAAUGGAUCGAUUGAACGAGGGCAGCAGUCAGCAGGAUCAUCGUGAGGAGGACAUGGAUGAUUCGGGUAGCUCCGACUCCGAGGAGGGCUCAUUCCGGGAUGACGAUCUUGACACAUCGGACUGUGAGAAUGAUUGUGAAUUGAAUGCGGGCAGACAUCGGGUUCAUAAUGCGCCCCACGACCUCGAGUGGGAUCAUCGUGUCGUCUAAUGACGCGCGACCCAACAAUCAUUUAUCAGUACGGUUUUAAGCAGAGUACUGACACUGUUGCUGCGCGAUUUUUAGUUUCAUGAUCUCAUCCCGUGACACUCUCGAUUCUCCUCCCCCACCCGCCACCCCCUUGGUACGAGAACUUUCAUUCAUUUUUUUCACAAUUUUGUGUUCAAAAAUUUCAAUCCUGAAAAAGAGAAGAGGAGAAAUCUACACUAAAUUCAGAAGAUGUUCUUUUUUUCCUUACCUUCGAGAAAAUAGUUGAGUGCCUCUGAUACCAAUUCUAAAAAAUUCUGUAGUCCUCAUUACUUGAUUUUCAGAAUUUAUUGUGGAUAUUUCAAGAAAGAAAUGAGUUAUUUUUAAUUAAACAUUCAAUUUUCAAGAAGAAUUUUUGCAUUUAAAAUAUCUAAAUGACAAAGGGAACGGAAAAAAGCGCAAACUUGACUAAACAAACAAAACUGAGAUUCGUAGGAAAAGUUAAAAACUUAUUGAAGAGAGUCGACUGAAUUACAUUUAUAUAAUGGAUAUGCAUUUAUUCAGGACUUUUAAAAAGCUUCUUCUUGAUCCAAGUUUUCUUAAUGCAUUCUUAAAGAUAACUUUUCUUUUUAACUCUCGACAAGUUUUCACAAAUAUUUUUUAAAACCAUAUCGAAAGCCCGAAAUAAAAAGUCCCUGGGCUUUACAAGAAAAAAAAAGCACAAACAAAAAACAGCACCUAAUAAAUUCGAGCACAAGUUUUUAAAAAAAUAAAAUAUCGAGAAAAAGCGAGAGAGAAUGAGAAUAUGAAGAGAGAGAAAGAGAGAGAGAGAGUGAGAAUGAAAAAAGAGCAUUUUUUCGAAUUCGCCAAGGUUCGAGUCCAGAGACAAUUGAUCUAAAAUAGAGACCUAGAUAACAAUUGUGUUCUUUAGCGGUAGGUGAAAGUGUCAUAUUGUAUCCGUCCCCGUAGAUUUGCAUUUGUAGAAAGAUAAACCGUUAGUACUCUACUUAAAGACCCGAGAUGAAGAAGAAUAAUUUUUAAAGAGUGCAGGACGCUUUAUCUAAUAGUUAACUCUUUCUACCUGCAGUAUCUAUUGCUCCAUCAGCGAUAGUAAAUGGAAAAAAAAGAAAAAAAAACGACUCUCGAAUGUUUUACGAGUUGUCAAACCUAUAUGUUUACAAUAAUUUAUAUUCUUGAAAUCCUAUCGACUAUUAUAAUUAUUACGUUAUAUAAUUAUGAUUACGAUUACAGUAGCUGGGAAGGGAACUUUUUUACACUCCUAAAUAUUGUCGCUCCUAAUAAUAAUAAAAAGAAAAUGAAAAAAAAAAAAUUAUACUAUUGCUACUGGAAAAAAAGCUAGUUGUAACGUCAACUGCUGUUAGAAUUUACUGUUAUUGUCGAUAAAAAUAUAGAAAGUCAGCCUCGGUAGUAAAUGCAAAGGCAAAAAAGCAUUAAACGAGCAGCCGCACUAUUUUAAUUAUCGAGAGACCUGUACCAAUAUUUGAUCUCACGGAUUUAUCUUUUUUGCAAAGAAGAUGAACUCUGUAUUUGUGAACGCAAAUACUUUUUUCGUAUAUAGGGGUGUUACGCAAUUUUUAAAAAAAAGGACAAAAAUUUAGUUUCUUUUCAAUUUUUUGAAUGCGAAAAAUCGGGCAAUGCGUAUUAUGUUCGUGACGAAGGGGUUUUU